GUCAUACGUCACUAAACUUUCAUUGUCGACGGUUGUUGUUGUGCAAUUUUCGAUUUAUUAUGCACAGUAUGCAUAUUUUUUGCUUUUACCAAGGCGGUCGCAUUAUUAAUUUAAUUAGUUAACGGUUGAGGUCGGUUCGAGGUGGACCGGUUUAAGCGAUACGUCGAAAUCAAUCGUCAAAGUUAGGUUAUAAUACAUGUCAUAAAUUUCGUUAUUUGAAGUACCUACAAAAUCUAAAUACCCAAUCUUAUCAGCAAUGAGUUGAUAAUAGGCUCUGAGCUAGAUGUGCUGUGCGAAUGGUAUGCUUGUGUGGCAAUUAUUGUGGUGUCCAACAUGAGAAGAAAUUUAAAAACUUUAUUAAAGUACAUUCUGUUAUCCUCGGUUACAGUAGUGUUUACUGUGCUGACAUACAGGAUAUUCAAGAGCAAGGAUUUUACAAGAGAUAGAAAUUCGUUAGGACUUGCUCGUAGUAUCGGAAUUGAGCCGCUUGCGCCCCGAGAGGUUAUUCUAGUAGAUAACGAGAAAAUCGACUGGCACGAUUAUGAACAAAUAGAAAAAGAACUAAAAAGACUAGGACGCGGUGAACAUGGAAAACCGGAAUUUCUCUCGGAACAAGAAAAACACGACUACGAUUCCUUGUACAAAGUAAACGGAUUCAACGCCGCCCUUAGCGAUAAAAUAGCAAUAGACAGAUCCGUACCGGACAUACGGCACAAAGGUUGUCGAGCCAAGAAAUAUUUGAAGAAUCUUCCGACCGUCAGCGUGAUUGUUCCCUUUCACAACGAACACUGGACGACUCUGCUUCGAACCGCGGUUAGCGUGGUGAAAAGAUCUCCACCGCAUCUACUCAAAGAGGUAAUCCUGGUCGACGAUUUCAGUUCUAAAGCUUUCAGCAAAAAACCGCUGGACGAUUACCUAGCGGCGAAUUUAACGAAAGUCAGAGCGAUCCAUCUGCCGGAGAGGAGCGGACUGAUUAGGGCAAGAUUGGCCGGCGCCCGGGCCGCCACCGCCGAUGUCCUGGUCUUCCUCGACUCCCACACUGAAGCCAACGUUAAUUGGCUACCGCCUCUUCUAGAACCCAUCGCUCAGGAUUACAAGACGUGCGUUUGCCCGUUCAUCGACGUUAUCCAGUACGAGACUUUCGAGUAUAGGGCGCAGGACGAGGGCGCCAGAGGGGCCUUCGAUUGGGAGUUUUUCUACAAAAGGCUGCCGUUGCUGCCCGAGGACCUCAAACAUCCUACUGAACCUUUCAAGAGUCCGGUGAUGGCCGGAGGUCUGUUCGCCAUCAGCGCGAAAUUCUUCUGGGAAUUGGGCGGCUACGACGAGGGAUUGGACAUUUGGGGCGGCGAGCAGUACGAGUUGAGCUUCAAGAUAUGGCAGUGCGGCGGCCAGAUGUACGACGCGCCCUGCUCGAGGGUGGGCCACAUCUACAGGAAGUUCGCGCCGUUUCCCAAUCCGGGCAAGGGCGAUUUCGUCGGACGGAAUUAUAAGCGAGUGGCGGAAGUAUGGAUGGACGAAUACGCCCAGUACCUGUACAUGCGCCGGCCCCAAUACAAAAACCUCGAUCCGGGCGAUCUCACCCAACAACGCGCCAUCCGGGACCAAUUGCACUGCAAACCGUUCAAAUGGUUCAUGGAGAACGUGGCGUUCGAUCUGCCGCUCAAAUACCCGCCGGUCGAACCGGGCGAUUUCGGUUUCGGCGAAAUCAGAAACCUGGGCGCUCCGGAAUUGUGCGUUGAUUCGUUGUUUAGAGAAAGAGAUCAAGCGGUCGCGGUGGCUCCGUGCUUAUCGGACGCCGGAAGGAAGGGUAAAGGCGAGCAGAAUUUCACGCUGAGCUGGCACAAGGAUCUCCGAGUGAAGGGCAAAUCUCUCUGCUUCGAUGUCUCGGAUCCCAACGAUAAGGCCGACGUGACUUUGUACCCGUGUCACGGCAGUAAAGGCAACCAGUACUGGAAGUACGACGUGGAGAAGCAAUGGUUUUUGCACGGCGGUAAUCCGAGGUGUCUCGAUUGCGAUCCGGGUCAGAAGAGGCUGUACGUGAGGGCUUGCGAUGAAUCUUCGAAGACUCAGAAAUGGCGGUUCGAGAACGUGAAUCUGACGAUGAUCGCCGAUUGGGAGAGCGUCGGGAUUAAAUAAGUGAUUUUUUACUAAUUUACCUCCGAAUUUAUAAGUUUUUUUUUGUAUAACCGAGUGGUUUUGUAACCGACGAUUGUAUUUUACCGAAUUGCCUAUUUGGAUCUUAAACGAGAUGAAAGUGAGGUGAAUUACAAAACCACUUGGUUAUAAAAAACUUUUGAAUAGUGGGGCAAGCGCUGUAUUAUAUGUAUAUUUAAUUCUUUUUUAUAAUUGAGGAGCCGAUGUUUAUAUGGUAUUUGUAUGGUUCCUAUUUUUCAAAGUUGUGUCUGUGAGACGCUAAAUAAUCUUGCCAAAAUGAUUCGCAUAGUAUUAACAUGUUUUUUUAAACAAAUAAAAUAAAUGUACUUAUAUGUUACUGUUAAUAGAAAGACUAUUAUCGGUGUAUUUCAAUUUGAAUUUAUUUAUUACGUUUUAAAUCUAGUUAAACGAAUUGCGAGAGAACCAGUAUAUUAAAUUCCCGGUUGUCUUGCAAUAAUAUCAUGCAUAAUUAUCAUUAAAAUUUGUCAUGAAAAUGAUACAUAUCAGAAAAUUCGCUUACCUCUGUGAUACAGUAUAUUUGUUGCCAUAUACAAGGCUCGAUUUUUUUAGAUAAAUUUUAUACAAUUAUUUCCGAAAUCCUAAAUGUUUCCAAUCUAAUCAUUUGAAUAAAAAAUUCCCAACAAAUUACCGAUAGUUUUAUUAAUUAACGGUAACGUUCUUAAACGCUUCGAUAGAGUUUUAAAUAACACCUUUACAUAUUCAAUUAGAGCUAUAAUACUGAUAUAGGCCGAUGUCCCCAUCUCUUAUAGAGCAAGUAGAUAUAAAUUACCUAAUAGAAAAAACCAGAACUGGUAAAUAUCCCGAAGGAUUCCAUCCUUACAGGAGCAAUUAUUAAUAUAAUAAUCCACAAGAAACCCUUAAGUCGUUAUAGUACUGAUGUGAUCCAAUCUCAACUCGCGCAUCUCCGUGCAGGUAUCGGAAUUGAGCAAAGGGACGCUAUCCGAAGAGCCUCUCCUCGACACGUUAGCAGAAGCCGUUACAAUCACCUGAGUGGGCUCCUUCUGCACCGCCAUUUCCUCCACGUCCUCCGGCAGAUCGCUCAGCGUCGGCAUCAGGCUUUUCCUCUUUAUGAAUAUAUACCAAUUC